AUGGCCCAACCACCUCCGAAAAGGCUGAAUAUCAGUGACGCAUAUACUAUUCCACAGAAGCAUAAGGCAUUCUCUGUCACUCGUUGCGAUCUGAGAAUUGUCGCUACGACUGUUGUACUUCUGUUUGCCACAUGGUACGCCUUCAAAGGCGAUAAACACCUUCCACAAAUCUACGCACUUUGUUCUCUCGAUGGGCGAAAAAUCUACACUGUCGAUAGCAGCAACUCUGUUGUACAAUGUGUUCUUAUUCACAAAUCUCAUGUCGCAGCCACAGGAGAUUUGGAUGACAUUCGAAAAAAUGCUAUAGACACAGUAAAAACUCAUUCGGUUGCAGUACGAUAUCUUCCAAGAGGCUCCAUUAUGAUUCCGGGGAUAAGUGACUCACAUUGCCAUAUUUUGGAGUACGGGGCUAGCCGCCAGAUACCACUGUCCACUGGUAAAACGUUAAAAGAGACGGUAUCUUUAGUUAGAGAUUAUGUCGUCAAGAACCCGGAUAUUGAGCAUGAUAGGUCUCGUGUUGUGGAGGGAUGGGGAUGGGACCACGCUUCAUGGGAUGUCGAAAGGUGGCCUUCGUGGGAGGACCUGGAAGCUGAUCCACAGGUAGCGGGACGUCCUGUUAUACUUCAAAGUCGGGAUGGUCAUGCCCUCUGGGUAUCAAAAGACAUAAUCAAAGAUAAUGCUCCGUAUCCGGACGAUAUCGAGGGUGGGUUUAUAUUCCGAGAUGAAGAAGGCAAUCCCACAGGAAUUUUUAUGGACAGUGCACAAGACCUGAUUAAGCGUCGCCCUCCUGGUAAGGAGGAACUUGAAAGGCGAUUUCGAACUACCGUGGGAGAAGCCCUUGCAAUACGCGUUUACGGUAUGUCAUUUUUCGACCAGCAUGGCCAAUACUGGGGCGAUGUACACAAGCCUGUUAUGGCUAGUGGAAAUGGAAGGCUCAGUGCAAAGAGUGUAAAGAUAUUUGCAGACGGCGCAUUACGCUCUGGCGGGGCAGCGCUUUACGAGCCGUACUCUGAUAACCCGUCUACACGUGGUGUUAUGCGAAUCACAGCAGAAUCCCUAAACAAGGUUAUUCCAAGGUUUUUGAAGGAUGGAUGGCAAGUGAAUGUUCAUGCUAUUGGUGACCGCGCGAAUGGGAUUGUUCUAGAUGCCUUUGAGGCGUCUCUUAAAGGCGUUAAUGUUAGCGCCCUUCGCCCACGGCUCGAGCACGCCCAAAUUCUGACCAAGAACGAUAUGAUGAGACUAGGAAAACUAGGGGUCAUAGCUAGCAUCCAACCUACUCACGCGAUAAGUGAUAUGUGGUUUGCAGAGGAUCGCUUGGGAUCUGAACGUGUUAAAGGACUAUAUGCAUUCCGAAGCAUACUUGAAAGUGGUGCUCGUAUCACACUGGGCUCUGAUUUCCCAGUAGAAGAAAUCAACCCCCUCAAAGGUUUUUAUGCCGCUGUAACACGACUGACAACGGAAGGAACAUCGCCCCAUGGCCCCGGGGGAUGGUUUCCAGAGCAAAGACUUACACGCAUAGAGGCAUUGCGCGGGAUGACUAUUGAUCCAGCUUACGCUUCAUUCACGGAGGACACUUUGGGAAGUCUUGUCCCCGGGAAGAGGGCAGAUCUAGUUGUUCUGUCGCAAGAUAUCAUGACCAUUGCGACUUCGUCCAUCAUGAAAACAUCCGUCAUUGCCACGUUCUUAGACGGAAGACCGGUGUAUGGCAAGAUAUAA